AUGGUAAAAGCAUUUCUUCAAAUUAUUGUUCAAGAAUGUGAUCGUGACGCCCAACGGAUUCUCUGGUAUGACGAUUUGUGUAAUCGGAACAUACUUGAGUACAGAUUCAUACGCGUUAUCUUUGGAGCAACACCGAGUCCAUAUAUUCUUGGUGCGACCUUACAAAAGCAUUUGGAAGGGUAUCAAAGCAUCUAUCCAGAGACUGUUCAAAUGCUGAGAGAUGAUACCUAUGUUGAUGAUAUACAAGGUGGUGGUGAUUCCAAGGAUGUGGUACAAUUUAGAGAAGAAGCUACAACGAUUUUGGCAGGUGCUGGGUUCCAACUGCACAAGUGGCACAGCAACGUACUAUUAGUUGACACGGACAGUAAUGAGAAGGAGGAGGAACGAACCUAA